AUGGAGGGGUUGCCGCAGACGACGGAGAAACAGAAGAUGGCACAGAGGGCGAAGUUGAAGAACUGGCGGCGGGUUACUAUUUUCCCAAUCCCGUCGCCAUCCUUAGUUUUCCCCUCAGAAAAUGUGACCCCUUUAAAUCUAACCCUUCAAACGCGCGAGGGCGAUCUCCGGACUGGGUCAAGGCUUAUCCUCCUUCAACUCUACCUACAUCGAGAUCUGUUCAUCGAGGGGCACCGGGCUUGUUGUUCUUGGCGGGAUUACCUUCGGAAGAAGAUGACUGAUUAG